GCUACCAGGAUGCAGCAGCCGAGCGCGGCGACGCCGUCCGCCGCCGCCGCCUACGCCAAGGUGGAGAAGAUGAACGCCGAGGAGGCGCGGCACAUCAAGGCACAGUACCUGAUCCACAAGGUGCUGGAGGAGGCGACGAAGUCGGCAUCGGCGAGGCCGCCGAGGCGGCCCCCGGCGCUGGCGAGGGCGAGGGCGAGGAUCGGCGUCCGGCUGAAGAAGCUCAGGCUCGCCAUCCGGGGCGUCAGGGCGCGCGCCCGCUGCGCCGUGUGGCGGCAUCUCAGGAACCUGAGGAGGCUCGUCGCGCGUGGAGGGCCGGGAUCAUCAGUGAAGCCCGCACCAGGGUCUUCCUCCUGAUGCCUUCUCCCCCUGUUCGGUUCGAACACAACGCGACGAUCACGGUGACAGUGGCGAGAGAGAGGCUCUGGUUAUCGAGCAUGGGUUGCAUGAGGCCAUGAGCUCCCGCCAAGACGGACAGAUAGGGAGUUAGGGGCACUGGUGACGGUAGCAGAUAUUCCCCGCGAUGUGGGGAAUGGAUUUGGUACGGUUGUCGAUGUUCUGAGACGGUAUUUCAAACAUGACAUUUCAAUUGGGCCACCUGCUGAUCACCUUUCAGUUUCAUCCGCCACGGUUGUCCUCACCUGCAGCGUGCAAAUAAAACGCCGAUCGAGCACGAGGCGUCGCCUUUGAUUCUUACUUGUAACUUACCGCAAGUAUAGUAAGCUGCACGAGCACACCGACAAGUUCUUGCCGCGCUGCAGCUAGCACACCUGGUUAUAUAUCACAGGCCCCCAAGGUCAUCAACCAAUCCAUCCAUGGGACGCGAGCACGCUGGCGCCGGC